AUGUGUAUUAGUGCUAAAUUCAAUCGAUUUUGGAUAGAAAUAUUUUUUAAGAUGGCUCGUGCUCGUCCCGGUAUGUGCAACAUACGUCGUCGUGUCACUGUAGAGCAGCUGCGCGUACUGUUCGAGUCAGUUGAAGAAGACCCAGCCCUUUACACUUCCGGACGGGCCGACAUGUCCUUUGCCACCGUCCAAAAAUGGACGACGCUUGCCGAAGUCCUGAACAACAUUCCUGAAGGCGCUGCUCUAACCGCCAUGAAUUGGAAGUUGGUGCUUCGAUACUGGGGCGAGAAUACGAAGAGGCGAAUGAAGUCCGGCAAAACAAACUUUUUGAAGAGCAAGAGGGUUGCCUUCCUCUCACAUGGGGAAAUAGAGGUCUUACAAGAACUGGAGAAGAGGCUGUACGAGUUUAUGAAGCAGGAGGAGGCCAAGGAGGUUAUCAACCUGAAUGAACGUGUUUUCAAUAUGGAUGCUUUCGAGAUUCGUCCAAGAAGGAGUCUUCGUAUCUCAAGCCGUAAUAUUGACCCUGAUGAUGACGUCGACUCCGGUAUGGCGAUGCAAAUAAACUAUGAAACUGCUAAAACUUUGCACGAGAGGCAGCUCGAUUUCAUAGCCAAUGAUACGACUGAGGACUUAGCUGGCGCUCCUCAGCAGCAGAUCUUGGCUCGUCAGUUGGACCGUCUGCAGACAGUAUCCCGUGAGCUGGAGGAUCAUAUCGCUACUGUGCAGAACCGGAUCCAUCUCAUCAAGGAUAUGUGGAUGCACAACUGCGAUCAGAGUCACUAA